AUGCCUAAACUUGAAGAAUGGGAGAUUAAGAAAUAUUGGCAGAUCUUCAGCGGGCUCAAGCCCGUCAACAACAAACUCAGCGGCGAUAAGGUGUCUGUUGUGUUCAAGAACUCGCGGUUGGACCAGGCACAGCUCGAAAAAGUGUGGGACCUCUCGGACAUCGACGUUGACGGACAGUUGGACUUUGAGGAGUUCUGCAUUGCAAUGCGUCUGAUCUUUGAUCUGGUCAACGGCAACACGUCUGAAUUGCCGCGCACGCUGCCGGAUUGGCUGAUUCCCGGCUCUAAACAGCAUCUUGUCCAGGCCAACACGGCUGUUUCUGGAAACUCCAACGGGUUUGACAGCGACACCGACGACGACCUUGCUCUGAGCUCAGAUUUUGACUGGUACAUCUCUCCUGGCGAUAAGUCCACGUACGAAAACAUCUACACCUCCUCGAGCGACAGGUUCGGCCGCAUCACGUUCAACUCGUUGACGGAGCUGUACAAGACGCUCAAUAACGUCCCUGAGACAGACAUCUCGUUCGCAUGGAACCUUGUCAACCCAAAACAGUCAGAGACCAUCGACAAGGACCAAUGCAUGGUGUUUUUGCACAUCUUGAGCCAGAGAUCCAGCGGCAAGAAGGUGCCUCGAUCGGUGCCUCCUUCGCUUAGAGCAACGUUCAAUAAGGAGACUCCUAGCUACGACAUCAACAAUUACCAAGGCGAGGACCUUUUUGCGUCCAAGAAACCCGCAAACACCAAACAGGCGUUUGGUGAGAGCUACCUGAACAAGAUCGGUACGGGCUCUUCCAAGCUCGUGAGCAACGGAACAGACUUCAGCUCUACAGAAGACACCGACUGGGAGGAGGUGAAGUUGAGACGCGAGCUGCAGGACCUGGAGGACCUGAUCAAGAAAGCCGAGGACGCAAAGAACAACAAGGGCUCUGAUGAAAAGCUCGGCAUCGCCAAGUACGAGUACGAGAACUUACUCAAGUACAAAGAGUCGCAGGUGGCCCAAUUGGGCUCUGAGGCAGACAUCGGCUCGAUAGUGGCCAACAUCGACGUUGUGCAGAGCCAGGUGAGCCAGCUGGAAUCGUUCCUGGACCAGAAACGGUCCGAGUUGGCGGGACUGCGACAGGAGGUGGAGCAGCUGAAAUAA